AUACAUAUAUACAUGCAUAUAUAUACACGACCUGCUAAGGUCCCUCCCCCUGACGUCAACUUAAGAACCAUUCGGAUUUGAAACUCUUCGUCUUCUCCUCUCUUUACAAAACCCAUUUUUCUUCUCUCUUUCCCCAAAACCCUUCUCUCUAUCGUCUUCUCUUCGCUCCCAAAACACCCGAAGAAGGAAUAUUUUUUGUUUCUUCCUGCAAAAGCUCAAAACUUUCGACAAAACUCAGAAGAAUCUCGUUUGAAGGAAAUGGAUUACGCCUCUAGAAUCGGAGAGGUAGCGGAGGGAGUGGGAGAAUUAGAGGAAGAGCGCAUCAAUCUUCCUCCUGGCUUCAGGUUUCAUCCGACCGAUGAAGAACUCGUAACCCACUACCUGAGACCGAAGGUUCUAAACGCCUCCUUCUCCGCACGAGCCAUCGGUGAAGUCGAUCUCAACAAGGUCGAACCUUGGGACCUGCCCUGGAGGGCUAAGAUGGGGGAGAAGGAGUGGUACUUCUUCUGUGUAAGAGACCGGAAAUACCCGACCGGUUUAAGGACGAACCGGGCCACCGAGGCCGGUUAUUGGAAAGCCACCGGCAAAGACAAGGAGAUCUUUAAAGGCAAAUCACUCGUCGGUAUGAAGAAAACUCUAGUUUUCUACAAAGGCAGAGCUCCUAAAGGCGAAAAAACCAAUUGGGUCAUGCACGAAUACCGCUUGGAAGGCAAAUACUCUGCAGACUAUCUCUCCAAAGCCGCAAAGAACGAGUGGGUGAUUUGUCGUGUUUUUCAAAAACGAGCCGAUGGCAAGAAAGUACAUAUCUCCGGUUUAACGGGGAUUGGUUCACAUGACAACCAAUUCGGUUCAACCUCCGGUUUACCUCCUCUUACGGAUUCUUCUCCGUACAUCAAAUUUGGUGGCGGAGACUCCUUAACCGGUGCCGGUUCUGCGUCUCACGUGACCUGCUUCUCCGAUCAAGCAACAGCCGGCCGCGAGACACCUCAGCGGCGGCUUGAGUCAAAUGACAGAUUUACCCCUCCCUUAUUCGGUUCUACGCUGGCUUUCCAACCGCUUUCUUCUUCCCCAAGUCUUCCCCAGUUGAUACCGAACAACAAUAUCGGUUCUCUGCUUUACUCUGAUUCGGUAUUCUUACAAGACAGUUCAAUAUUGAAGAUGCUGCUCCAAGGCCAAGCAACCGAGCUAAGUGAAAAUUACCAAAAACCCGUGAUCUCGGAGAGCUCCGGUUUGAUCCGGGGAUCUUUUGAGAGGAACAUUCCUUCCGGUUCUGCCGGUCCGGUAGAUAUGGGUUGCUCUUGGAAUUAUUGAGUUUGAAAAAAAUUGGGGUAUUUUAGGGAUUUAUAGAUUGUUUUUUAUGUAUUGUGGUUUGGAGUAGUUAUGUGUGUGAAUGUUGUGAGAUACACAGCAAAUUAUUGGUGAUCAUUCUUGUAAAAUUUGUAAAAAGAAAGGAGUAAUUGUUUAACAUUAUUUCUAUUUUAA